GGGAAAAUUAUGUAGUGGUUCGUGAUCCAAGCUGCUCAGUAGGAGUAAGUAGUAAAAAAAAAAAAAAAAAUGUGUGCAAGUGGCGGUCGGAAAUGCUUGUCAGGGGUGGAUGAGAGGAAAGAAAAAAGGGGGAGGCACCUGUGAGACGAGGCAGGUCGGUCAGCCUACCACGGUAUCAAGUUUACGUUAAUCACGGCAAGGUACACUUUCAGACAUAUUUGUGAAGCGGAGGAGUUCUCAUCAGAUCAGAUCCAAAUAAUGACUACGUGUUGUUGUCAAGGUGAGCUGUGACUGCCCCCUUCCUUGUCUCUCCGUGCACCUGCAUGAACCGUGGGCAGCUCGACCUGUCGCAGAGACUGUGCUGCACUAGGAGAACCCAUGGCUUCUGGCCCUCAGUCUUCCUCUCUAGACCACAGGCUCAGGCUGCUUGAGUUGCUACUUGGGCCUCUGUUGGUCUUGCUGAUUUCUGGGCUGGUACCAGCACAAGGACAGAAAGUCUACAUCAACGCAUGGGCUGUCCACAUACCUGGAGGUCAGGAGGAAGCUGAUCGUAUCGCCAGUAAACAUGGGUUCAUCAACUUUGGACAUGCUUUUGGUGAUUAUUAUCACUUUCGACAUCGUACAGUGUUUAAGAGAUCGCUGUCGGAACACAGGGGAACACAAGUCCGUCUGGAACAAGACCCCAAGGUAACUUGGGCGGAACAACAGGUGUCAAAGCGGAGGAAAAAGAGGGACGUCUAUGUGGAACCUUUGGAUCCUAAGUUCAGAGACCAGUGGUACCUGUAUAACAGCAACCACCGUGACCUGAAUGCCAAAUCUGCGUGGCAGUUGGGCUACACAGGUAAAGGGGUGGUGGUGUCCAUCCUGGAUGAUGGGAUAGAGAAGAACCACCCAGACCUGAGCCAGAACUAUGACGAGAAUGCCAGCUAUGAUGUGAACGAUGGCGACCCAGAUCCACAGCCUCGAUACACGCAGCUCAAUGACAACAGGCAUGGGACAAGAUGUGCAGGAGAAGUUGCUGCGGUGGCCAACAAUGGAUUCUGUGGAGUCGGCGUGGCCUACAAUGCCAAGAUUGGAGGUGUGCGCAUGCUGGAUGGUGAGGUGACUGACAUGGUGGAGGCACAGUCUCUCAGUCUGAAUCCCCAGCACAUUGACGUCUACAGCGCCAGCUGGGGCCCGGAGGAUGACGGCAAAACUGUGGAUGGACCUGCCAAACUUGCCAAAGAAGCCUUUCUGCAUGGAGUUACAGAGGGUCGUGGUGGUUUGGGCUCUAUCUUUGUGUGGGCCUCUGGUAACGGAGGGAGGGAGAAGGACAGCUGUAAUUGCGAUGGCUACACCAACAGUAUCUACACCCUGUCCAUCAGCAGCUCCACCCAGAAUGGGAAUGUCCCCUGGUACAGCGAGGCCUGCUCCUCCACCCUGGCCACCACCUACAGCUCGGGGAACCUCAACGAGAAGCAGAUAGUGACUACAGACCUCAAAUCAAAAUGCACAGACUCCCACACAGGCACCUCUGCCUCUGCCCCGUUGGCUGCUGGGAUCAUCGCUCUCGCCCUCGAGGCCAAUAAGAACCUCACCUGGAGGGACAUGCAACAUCUGGUUGUGCGAACGUCUCACCCUGCCCACCUGCUCACCAACGACUGGAGGACCAAUGGGGUUGGCCGCAAAGUUAGUCACUCAUAUGGAUACGGUCUACUUGAUGCCAGUGCAAUUGUGUCUCUUGCAAACACGUGGACCAGUGUGGGACUACAGCGGAAAUGUGUGAUCACCAUGGUCUGUGACCCAAGGAACAUCGGCAGCCAUUUAUCCAUAAACAAGAGUGUGGAUGCCUGCUUUGGAACAGACAGUCAUGUGACCUCACUAGAGCACGUCCAAGCUCGCCUCACCCUUUCCUACAACCGCAGAGGAAACCUAGCGAUCCACCUCAUUAGUCCGGCAGGCACACGCUCCACGCUGCUCCACCCCAGACCUCAUGACUACUCCUCAGAGGGGUUUAAUGACUGGGCAUUCAUGACCACCCACUCCUGGGACGAGAACCCAACUGGGGUGUGGACACUGGAGAUCGAGAAUGUGGCUGGCGCCAGUGACUACGGCACUUUGACCCAGUUCAUCCUGGUGCUGUACGGUACCGGCUCAGCGUCCUCCAGCUCCUCUGAGAAGGCUCAGCCUGGUGACAGCAGCUGUAAGACCUUGGACCUGAGGCAGAUUUGUAUCGAGUGCAACACGGGCUACUACCUCUUUCAGCAGGGCUGUGUGAAAGAAUGUCCUGCAGGUUUCUCUGUGGGCUCGCAGCCUCUCAACUACACCGUGGGAAACUCCAUAGCACCGGCUUCCGUCCCCACUUGCCUGCCCUGCCUGUCGCCCUGCCUCACCUGCAGCAGCCUCAGCAGUCAGGCCUGCCUGUCCUGCCCCCCUCACAGCUCGCUGGACCCCAUUUCUGGAACAUGCAUGCACCAAAACCAGUUCAUGCGUGAGUCCCCCGGUAGCUUCAUGGUCGGCCAGGGGGACCCCAAAUCGCAGCUCCAACUAAGCUCCCGGUUGCCCAUCACAAUCGCCGUGCUCAGCUGCAUGGCCAUCAUGGCCACCUUUGCUGGCAUCUUCCUGCUGCUGCAGCUGCGCUCCGGCGCGAUCAUCAAGCUGCCCUCCCUGGAGGCCGGUGGCGGCCUAGGGGGCAGCUUCAGCCUUGGGGGUAAUAGGGUGGUGUCGUACCGUGGAAUACCAACAGUGUGGGGGGAUGACGGGGUAAACACAGACUCCGAAAACGAAGAGUCUGAUGUCCACAACGAGAGGACUGCCUUUAUCAAAACACAAAGUGCUCUUUAAUGCCUCCCAACACAUCCCUCCCACAUCCCACUUUAAAACACCCCCCUUGGUGUCUUCAGUCACUGUCUUCUCUGGUUUUAUCUCUCUUUCUGUUUCACUUCUGUUUCUGUCUUACUGGAAUUUCUUUGAGUCCUAUUCAGGACCUCGUCAUCCACUCUGCAGUGAGAGACCUGGCUUGAAGCAGCUGUCUCUCAGAGUUGGAGGAAUGGCCCCAGCUUUGCUCUGUUCACACUUGGACGCACUUCUAUUAAACUGGCUCUCUCCCUCCUCUUGCCCUCAAUCACUAACAGUGUCCGUCUGUGCGGAGUCCAUUUUCCCCUCCAGCUCUGUCUCCUAUUUUGUUACUGUAAACAACUGAUUAUGGUUUGCUUUCUUCCUCUUUAUUCCUCUUCCCAUCAGUCUGUGCAGUAGCCAGAUGAGAUUGUUGAAUGAGUGCGUGUGACUGAGCGAGCAUGAUUGUGUAAAUCUGAUGCAGUGUAGUGCCCUUUUUAAAGAAGCUAAAGCCGGUCCUGUCACAUUUACUACCGAAGUGAUAACACGAACUUGUAAUAUGAGGCAGUAAAUCGGAUUAGGAGAGACUGAUUCUCUCCUAGUGUUGUUUAGUGGCAUCAACGUCUAAAAUCUGUCCAGAAAGCUCCACUGAGCUGAGCAAUUUAGAAAAAUUCACAAAUCAAAAGCAUUACAGUUGUCAGACUCUUAAUGAUUUCUAAUAAUGUGUCACCAAAACAGUCUGAGAGCUUUCUGAAUAUCUGACCUCUUUCUUUUUUAAGAUGAGAUGUUUCAUAUUUACCUAAAAACUAAAA